AUGCUGCCGCUGCCGCCCGGGCUGCGCCGCCGCCUGCGGGAGCGGCCGCCCGCACCCGCUAGCCGCCCGCCGCGCGGCCCGCCCGCCGCGCCCGUCCCGCCCUUCGCCUUCGCCCCGCGCCGCCUCCGCCUCGGCCCCGGCCACACGCUCCUCGAGGAUGGGGAUAUCCACAGGCACCUCUACCUCCGCGGCGUCCUGACCAGCCUCACGGAGGUGACUGACCGACCCAAGGUGUCCGAAUUCAGUUGCCACAUCUCUGGGUGCUGCCAGGUCUUUGAUACACUGGAGGGCUAUGAGCACCACUACAACACACUGCACAGGAAUGUCUGCUCCUUCUGCAAGUGCUCCUUUCCAUCAGGCCAUCUCUUGGAUAUUCACAUCUUGGAGUGGCAUGACUCACUCUUCCAGAUAAUGGCUGAGAAGCAAAAUAUGUACAAGUGUUUGGUAGAAGGCUGUGUGGAGAAGUUCAGAAGCAGCAAGGACAGAAAGGAUCAUUUGGUCACCGUUCACCUUUAUCCUGCUGACUUUCGAUUUGAUAGACCAAAGAAAGUGAAAAGCACCCCCAAGCAGUUGAGCUCUGCCACAAAGCAGGAUGUCAGUGUGCCGAUGGAUGUGAGCAUGGAGACGUCGGAGCAAUUCCAAGUGGACCCCAUGGAAGUAGGGCCCAGUGAGAAGAUGGAGAUCCUUCAGCCUGCAGCCAGCCCCAGUCCCUUGGGAGCAGAGAAACGGCUCUAUAAAUCCAGGAUCCCACCCACAGUUUGCUUUGGACCAGGUGCCACCCGAGGAUUUAAAGGACCAAGGAAGAAAAUCUGAAGGUCAGCGCACUGGUUUUGCGCCAGAUGAAGAGACACUGGCCCUGUGGCCAAGCAGGGACUUAGGAAGUUGUGUGUGAGGAGUCUCACUCUGCACAGGUAAGGCAGACAGGUGACCAUAGGAAUUGUGCAGCAGCAGCCUGGGAUGUGUUGGUCCAUUGCACAGGAAGUUCCACUUAAGGAAAAACUUCUUUCCUGUAAGGGUGAGGGAGCCCUGGCACAGGCUGCCCGGGGAGGUUGUGGAGUCUCCUUUACUGGAGGCCUUCAAAACCUGCCUAGACAUGUUCCUGAGUGACCUGAUCUAGGUGGACCUGUUUUAGCGGGGGUAUUUGGACUGGCUGAUGUCCCUUCCAACUCCGACCAUUCUGUGAUUGGAAGGGCCCUUCCACAGUCACAGAACUGUUUUGUUGGAAAGCACCUUCAUCUGUUACCCCAGCCCUGCCAUAGCCACCACUAAACCAUGUCCCUCAAUGCCAUAGCUACACAGCUUUGGAAUCCCUCCAGGAAUGGGAACUCUACCACUGCCCUCGGCAGCCCGGGUCAAGGCUUGACAGCCUUUUUGGGGAAGAAAAUGUUCCUCAUCUCCAGUCUAAACUUCCCCUGGCACAGCUCAAGGCCAUUUCCUCUUAUCCCAUUGCUUCUUUCUUGGGGAAGAGACCAGCGCCACCCCCCAGCCUUGCCAUAACCUCCUGUAGUAGGCGUCCGGAAGAUCUCGGGUUGUAACGCGAGAGGUGGAGGGUACAGAAGAGGUGGGCACGGGGUGGAGGGAGAGGAGGUGCUGGUUCUAGCAGAUAAAAGCACAUGGUGUAAGCAAGGGGUUGGAAUAAAGUAUCACCCAUGCUGA